AUGGGUUUUCACCCCGUUGAAACAAGAGAAGAUGAGGAACAAAACAUCAAGUUGACAGAAAUUUUGGAACUGUUGGUGGCUGCUGGGUAUUUUCGAGCAAGAAUCAAAGGGUUGUCACCCUUUGACAAGGUGGUAGGUGGCAUGACAUGGUGUAUCACUACUUGCAGCUUUGAUAUCGAUGUUGAUUUAUUGUUUCAGGAAAACUCUACUAUUGGUCAAAAAAUUGCCUUAACUGAAAAAAUUGUAUCAGUAUUACCAAAAAUGAAGUGUCCUCAUCGUUUGGAACCACAUCAGAUUCAGGGAUUGGAUUUCAUUCAUAUAUUUCCUGUUAUACAGUGGCUGGUGAAACGUGCAAUAGAAACUAGAGAAGAAAUGGGAGACUACAUCCGUUCUUACUCUAUAUCCCAGUUUCAAAAAACUCAUAGACUACCAGAGGAUGAUGAAUUUAUGCAAAGAAAAGAGAAGGCUAUCAAAACUGUUACUGAUAUCUUUGAGAUUUAUAAACCCCAGAGAAAAUAUAAACGUCAGGAGGGAGCUGAAGAACUGCUAGACGAGGAAUCAAAGGUUCAUGCUACGCUUCUGGAAUAUGGCAGGAGAUACGGAUUUAGCAGACAAGCAGGAAAAACAGAACAGGCUGAAGAUAAAAAAAUUGUGCUACCUCCAGGGCUUGCAGCAGCAGGAAAAGCUGAGGCUUGUGACGAAGAUGACCUUCAGGCUGCUGAAGAGCUUCGCAUUAAAACUCUGAUGACUGGAAUGGCUGCAAUGGCAACAGAAAAGGGCAAGUUGACAGCAAGCACAGUAGGCCAGAUUGUUGGACUCCAAUCAGAUGAGAUCAAGCAAAUAGUGUCAGAAUAUGCCGAAAAGCAGUCUGAGCUUUCCGCUGAGGAGCGACCAGAAAGACUUGGAGCUGCUCAACAACACAGAAGGAAAGUAGCAUCUCUGAAUAAGCAGAUUUUGCAGAAAACAAAACUCCUGGAAGAACUACAAGCUAAAUGUGCUGAUCUGCAGGCAAAAUGUACUGAAGCAAAGAAGACGUUAACUGAGGUUAAGAGUUGCAGUGAAAAGCUGGACAAGGAAUUGGCGGCCUUAGAAACAAUAGAAUCUCAAGCAGAUUCUAGCAUAUUACAGAACCUGCGAGCACUUGUGGCUAUGAAUGAAAAUCUCAAAAGCCAGGAGCAAGAGUUCAAAGCGCACUGUAGGGAAGAAAUGGAGCGACUUCAACAAAAUAUUGAGAAUUUGAAAGCAGAGGCAGUGGAAAAUGGGGAGGAAGAGGAGCCUAAUAAGAUUAUAGACCAGCAGUACCAAACCGAGAAAGAUAAGCUUCAAAAGAUCCGGCUAUUACUGGCCCGAAGAAACCGAGAAAUAGCCAUUUUACAACGCAAGAUUGAUGAAGUACCCAGCCGAGCUGAGCUAACGCAGUAUCAGAAAAGAUUUAUUGAACUUUACAGUCAGGUGUCAGCAACUCACAAAGAAACCAAACAGUUCUUUACUCUUUAUAACACACUGGAUGAUAAGAAAGUAUAUUUGGAGAAGGAGGUUAACUUGCUGAAUUCUAUUCAUGACAACUUUCAUCAAGCAAUGGCAUCUUCUGGUUCUCGUGAGCAAUUUUUACGGCAGAUGGAGCAGAUUGUAGAAGGCAUUAAACAGAAUCGGAUGAAGAUGGAAAAAAAGAAGCAAGAAAACAAAAUGCGAAGAGACCAAUUGAAUGAUGAAUACUUGGAGCUUCUAGAGAAACAAAGGCUUUAUUUUAAAACAGUGAAAGAAUUUAAGGAGGUAAGAGCAUUUUUGCUGAUGUAGAUAGGUGAAUAUUUGAACUGGUAAAUAGUUGCUUAAGAAGUUGUUCUGCCCAGAGAAACUACUUGCUUUGAAGUGGAUCAUAAACUUUGCUUUUAGUAAGGAGAAAUUUCCUAGAUGGGUAGAUCUACCCUGAACUUUUUCUCUCUGAAUUUUUCUCUGAAGUCUCCUCAAAGUUAAAUCACAAAGAGAAGCCGCUUGUCUGAGGAAACGUGCAAUCCCAUCUUGAGAAUGAGCUUUCUAUUGUGCAUUUUUCAGAUUGCUGGAAUGGCUGAAGUGUUUUCUCAGUACAAGAACUGUGUGGGGGUGUGUGUGUGGUUGUUUUUUUUUUUUUAAGGCUCAUAAUGUAGCUCAUUAAAAUCUCAUUGAGCAGCA